CUGUGAGGGAUAUCUAGAGUUUAUCAUUUGUAUAGCAUAAUGUGUGAGCGUGUGUCUAGUUUAAAGGUCUUGGGCAUUUCUAAACAAUGGAGUAUUUUAAGGUUCAACCCAAGCUACAUGCAGAGUAUCAAGUUUUGAAUACAUGUAAAUGCUACAAGAUGUCUCAUGAGUCUAUAGCACAUUACAAUCCUCACAGCAUGACACAACAAGGUUUCCAAUCUGCAACUGGACAGGCAACAAUCUAGCAGUGGUGUCUGUCUCUUGUGAAGGACACACUUGUUUUCUUCAUUUCAUCAAAAUGCAUUUCAGGAGGAUCUGCAAGAGGAGUUAUUGCAGCCUGCAUACAGUCCUUCUAGUGACCAUCUUCAUGGUAACACUUGCAGUUAUGCAGAAAGCAGUCUUUAAAAGCCACACGCGCUUUUCUGAACAGCAAUCCCAUGUGUUCAUUCGGAAACAGAGCUCCUUCUUGGCCAAGGAUGGGAAUACGUCAGUCACUGAAGAUGAGGUGGUAAAAGCUUGGGAUGUCAUAAAUGUCCAUUGCUCUGCCAAUGUCAGCCUGACCAGGAUGCCGUGGUUUGCUGAUCUGGGGAAAAACAUCCAGCAGUUCCUCCUGUACCGACACUGCAGAUUCUUCCCAAUGAUUUUUAACCAUCCGGAGAAGUGCGAAGGGGAUGUCUUCCUGCUUCUAGUGGUCAAGUCCAUGAUCCCACAGCACAGACGCCGAGAGGCCAUCCGCAAGACCUGGGGCCAGGAGAGGGAGGUAAGGGGCAAGAGAAUCAAGCUGGUUUUCCUGCUGGGGGCAGCCACCAGAGGGGAAGAGCACCCCCAUCACCAGAAGCUCCUGGAGUACGAGGACAGGCUUUAUGGGGACAUCCUGCAGUGGGACUUUGAAGAGAGCUUCUACAACCUCACCCUCAAGGAGGUCAACUUCCUCAAGUGGUUUUCCAUCUACUGCCCCAGUGUGCCAUUCAUCUUCAAGGGAGACGAUGACAUUUUUGUCCACACUGGGAAUGUCGUUGAAUUUCUGGAAAGUAGUGGUAAUGAGCCAGAUCUUCUCAUUGGGGCAGUCCUCUACACCUCCCCUCCUGUCAGAGAAAAAAAUAGCAAAUACUUCAUCCCUCUUGAGAUCUUCAAUGAGACAUUUUACCCACCAUAUGUCAGUGGAGGGGGAUUCCUCAUGGCUGGCCCCCUGGCUAUGAAGAUGCACAUUGCUUCGGAGGACCUGGACCUCUUUCCCAUUGAUGAUGCCUUUCUGGGAAUGUGCCUAAAGGUGCUCAGUGUGAGCCCCAAGGAACACACCGGCAUCAAGACGUGGGGAGUCCAGGAGCCUGGCAGAGAGACGAUGAGUAAAGACCCCUGUUUCUAUCAGGACUUGCUUGUUGUCCAUAGGUUUGAACCUGGAGAGUUGAUUCUAAUGUGGAAACUAUUGACCAGUGAUCUCAUCUGCACACAGGUCAGACUGAAGGCAGAGUGAGUCAAGGUAGAAAUUGUCACAAAGGCUGCAGGCAAGAUUAACAGUGCACCCUUGAAAUAAAAGCAGUUUAAAGAAAAGGACUACUACUAAUAACGUUAGGCACUCUCCAAUUGCCAUAUAACAAUUUCAAAGGUGUUUUCCCUCUUUUUGCAAAUUAGGAUCAAUUGGAAGCCCCAGGUGUGGGAGAAAAAAAUGUAUCAAUAGUUACUGUUUAUCAUUACCCUACUGUAAAACAUAUCUUAAAACUGAACCAAAUCGUC